AACUCUCUCCUUCACAGUCAAACACCAUCUUUUUUCUUUCACUCGUUUACGAUUCUUAUUCCUUCCUCCAAAUCUUCCGCUAUACAGUUAACAAAUCCAAAACCCCAAUUCACAAUCUUCAAUUCUUCAUCACCGUUUUCGAUUCGAUUGAUUUUCCCGAGUUCUCAAUUUUUCUCCGAUGGCCAGAAACAGCUCUCAGGCGACUGUCAACAAAAACCUCGUGUGCUUCUCCAUCGCCGCUUAUGCCAAAAUCCUCAUCAACCACUUGAAAUCCUCUAACAUCCCAGUUGAAAGGGGCCUCACCGAUGCGGAGCUCGCGUCGAUUGAGGCCACCUUCAGUUUCACUUUCCCACCGGACCUCCGGCCCAUUCUCCAAGAGGGGCUCCCGGUUGGGCCGGGAUUCCCGAACUGGCGGGCAUCCUCGGCCCAACAGCUCAACAUCCUCCUCAACCUCCCGGCCCUCAGCCUCCUCAAGCAAGUCUCCGAGGGAAGCCUCUGGUGUCCGAGUUGGGGUCCGAGGCCCGACCGCGGCGGAGUCAACGCGGGGUUGGAGAAAGUCAAAGCUCUGUUGAGGAAAGCGCCGGUUUUGGUUUCGGUGUAUAGGAACUGUUACAUUCCCUGCGAGCCGAAUUUGGCGGGAAAUCCAGUGUUUUAUAUAGACUCCCAGAGCGUGAGGGUUCUGAGUUUCGACGUCACAGGGUUCUUCAGGGAGUUUGGAAUGGCGCACGCGCCGGCGUGGGCUCCGAAGGAGGCGAGGAGGUUGGAGUUUUGGAGCGACGUGGCGGAGGGUGGGGCCACGCGCCGGUGGUGGAGCGGGAAGCUGGGUGGCGGGUGCUUGGAUGAGGUGUGCAGGAGGCUGAGGGAGGGAGGGUGGAAGGAGGAGGAGGUUAGGGAGAUGAUGAUGAUGGACGGUUGUGGUGGAGAAAUGGAGUGUGGGACUCAGGUGAUCGGACGGUGGAGGGAGGAGGAUGUGGGGUGGCGCGUGGGGUUGUUGUCGUUGGUUUUGUUGCGUGGGGGAUGGGCCAGGGAAGAUGUGGUGUACUCGCUUGGUCUUCAUGACCAGAACAUGAUAGGGGAGAACGGGGUUGUUGAUGAGAACGUAAUAACGUAUUUAGAGGGUCAGCUUUGUAAUUAGACCAUCUGGUUAGAUGAUUUUUCUUUUUGGCUAAUCAUUGAUUAGAUUAAUGGAUCUAAAAUUCUAAAGGAACCAAAUUACUUUUUUAUUUGAGGAAAAAUGUUUAUUCCAGAUUAGAUUUUUUUCAGUCUGUCAGCUUUAGAUUUUGAAUUGGUUCAUAACUUCGAUUUAUUGGGUUUAAAUUAUUA